AUGGCCCCUCAAAUCCCCAUCAAGCAACAACAAACCCGCACCGAAUCAUGCAAACUAAAAAUUAUCAUCGUCGGCGCUGGCCUUGCAGGCCUCGGCUCUGCAAUUAGUUGCGCCCUCGCUGGUCAUGAAGUCCACGUCCUCGAAUCAACCCAUGAGAUCAGAGAAGUCGGCGCUGGGAUCCAGGUCUUGCCUAAUAGCUCGCGGGUCCUUCAAUACUGGGGUCUGCAGGAGGCCCUUGAACCCCAUAUGACCUAUCCCCGAGUUUGCAACUUCCUAGGUUGGAAGGGGAAUGCCAUCUCUUCUAUGGAUUUUCAUGAAUCUGAGAGUAAUUACCCUGGGACUUGGUAUCGGGAUUUUCAUCGUGCCGAUUUACAACAAUGUCUUGUGAGGAGGGCUGCCGAGCUUGGGGUGGUUGUUACUUGCAAUGCUCGUGUUGUGGAUGUGUCUGUCAGUGAGGAUGGGGCGACUGCUACGGCUACUGUGGCGGAUGGGAGACAGUGGACUGGGGAUCUGGUUAUUGGGGCCGAUGGUAUCUUUGGGAAGUUGACCGAGGGUUUGCUGGGUCGUGUUGAUCCUCCGGUUAAGACGGGUGAUUUGGCAUAUCGUCUUCUACUGUCUACCGAAGAGAUGCUUAAGGAUCCUGAUCUUGCGGAGCUUGUUACAGAUCCUCAGGUUAACUACUGGUUGGGCCCGGAUGCUCAUGCUGUCAACUAUGUACUUCGAGGCGGAGAACUAUUCAAUAUGGUUCUACUUGUCCCCGAUGAUAUUCCAGAAGAGUCUCUUGCAUCCACAAUUGAGGGAAAUGUGGAAGAGAUGUGUGCAUUGUUCAAAGAUUGGGAUCCACGCAUCCCCAAACUUCUCAAGCUGUGUCAAUCGGUCCAAAAAUGGCGUCUCUGUAUCCGGUUUGGAGAUUUCGACUGGACUCACCCGUCCGGCGCAUUCGUCAUGCUGGGCGACGCAGUCCAUGCAACACUGCCAUACUUGGCAUCCGGUGCCGGAAUGUCCUUUGAAGACGGUGCCGUUCUAGGAGAAUGUUUAUCCCGUCUCCCAAACAGUCCCAAUACCUCCAAGACCUCGGCCGAGUUCCUACAAGCGAAAAAGCACGCCCUUGCCGUCUUCCAGGAAUGUCGUAAACAACGCACGAAAAUGGUUGUGGAACGAGGCAACAUCCAGCAAUAUCUAUAUCAUCUCCAUGACGGCCCAGAACAACAGGAGCGAGAUCGCAAAAUGCAAAUGGUGCCUACACCAGAAGGCGAAGCGUUGGCUUGGCGCGACCCUGGUUUGGCCCCGAAGUUGUUAGGAUAUGAUCAUAUUGCUGAUGUUGAUGCCCAUUGGGCAGAGUCGGAAGCGUAA